GGCGGAGGCUCAAAAGACCUGAAGGAGCGACGCCCCCGGGAAUCAUCCCCGGGAGCGGAAGUGGAGAAUGCCCUCCUCGAGUGAGGAGAGCGAGUGAAUCGCAGACUCAGGGCUGAGGUGGGCGUGAGCGAAGAUUUUAAUUUAAUUUGAAAAUGAGUAAGUGCAGAAAGCCACCACUGGGUUCAAGUCCUGAGACAUUCAGCCCAGAUGUUCUUGCUGACAUUUUUGAACUCUUUGCCAAGAACUUUUCUUAUGGCAAGCCUCUUAAUAAUGAGUGGCAGUUACCAGAUCCCAGUGAGAUUUUCACCUGUGACCACACGGAACUUAAUGCAUUUCUUGAUUUGAAGAACUCCCUAAAUGAAGUAAAAAACCUGCUGAGUGAUAAGAAACUGGAUGAGUGGCAUGAGCACACUGCUUUCACUAAUAAAGCUGGGAAAAUAAUUUCUCAUGUAAGAAAAUCUGUGAACGCUGAACUUUGUACUCAGGCGUGGUGUAAGUUUCAUGAAAUUUUGUGCAGCUUUCCGCUUAUUCCACAGGAAGCUUUUCAGAAUGGAAAACUGAAUUCUCUACACCUUUGUGAAGCUCCUGGAGCUUUUAUAGCUAGUCUCAAUCACUACUUAAAAUCCCAUCGAUUCCCCUGUGACUGGAGUUGGGUAGCUAAUACUCUGAAUCCAUACCAUGAAGCAAAUGACAAUCUUAUGAUGAUUAUGGAUGACCGACUUAUUGCAAAUACCUUGCCUUGCUGGUACUUUGGUCCGGAUAACACUGGUGAUAUCAUGACCUUGAAAUAUCUGACUGGACUUCAGAAUUUCAUAAGCAGCAUGGCUACUGUUCACUUGAUCACUGCAGAUGGGAGUUUUGAUUGCCAAGGAAACCCAGGUGAACAAGAAGCUUUGGUCUCUUCUUUGCAUUACUGUGAAGUUGUCACUGCAUUGAUGACUCUUGGAAAUGGUGGCUCUUUGGUUUUGAAGAUGUUUACUUUGUUUGAACAUUGUUCCAUAAAUCUGAUGUACCUGCUAAACUGUUCUUUUGACCAAGUCCAUGUUUUCAAACCUGCUACCAGCAAGGCAGGAAACUCAGAAGUCUAUGUGGUAUGUCUCUACUAUAAGGGGAGAGAGGCGAUCUACCCUCUGUUAUCUAAGAUGGUGCUGAAUUUUGGGUCUGAAAUAACCAGGAAAGCUCUCUUUCCCCAUCAUAUGAUUCCCGAGUCUUUUCUUAAAAGACACGAAGAAUGUUGUGUGUUCUUUCAUAAAUACCAGCUAGAGACUAUUUCUGAGAACAUUCGUCUGUUUGAGUGCAUGGGAAAAGGGGAACAAGCAAAGCUGAAUAGUUUAAGGGACUGUGCUGUUCAGUAUUUCAUGCAGAAGUUUCAAUUGAAGCCUCUAUCCAGAAAUAAUUGGCUAGUAAAAAAAUCUAAUAUUGGUUGUAGUACAAAUACAAAAUGGUUUGGGCAGAGGAACAGAUACUUUAAGACCUACAAUGAACGGAAAAUGCUGGAAACGCUUUCAUGGAAAGAUAAGGUAGCCAAAGGAUACUUUAAUAUUUGGGCCGAAGAACAUGCUGCGUAUCACCCUGGGCAGAGUUCUCUCUUAGAAGGGACAGCUUCCAAUCUGGAGUGUCACUUAUGGCAGAUUUUACAGGGAAGGAAACUGCCAAAGGUAAAAUGUUCUCCUUUCUGUGAUGGUGAAAUUUUAAAGGCUCUCAAUGAAGCAAUUGAAAAGUCAUUAGGGGGAGCCUUGAAUUUGGAUUCCAAGUUUAGGCCAAAACAGCAAUAUUAUUGUUCUUGUCACAUUUUUUCUGAAGAAUUGAUAUUUUCUGAAUUGUUUAGCCUUACCAAGUGCCUUCAGGAUGAGCAGGAUAUAGAGCCCAGCAAUCAAAUAAAGUGCCUGCUUGUGGGUUUUCCAACUCCCCAUGAUAUCAAAAUGCAUAUACCAUUGGAAAUUCAACUCCUGGAAUCAGCUGAACUCAUGACUUUUGGUUGUUCUUUGCUUCAUGAUGGAGACCCAACUUACCAGCAGUUAUUUUUGGACUGCCUUCUGCAUUCAUUGCAGCAGCUUCAUACAGGAGAUGUUAUGAUUUUGCCUGUACUUUCUUGUUUCACAAGAUUUAUGGCUGGUUUGAUCUUUGUACUCCACAGCUGUUUCAGAUUCAUUACAUUUUCUUGUCCCAUAUCCUCUGAGACCCUGAAGACCUGUGCAGUCCUGCUAUGUGUUGGUUAUCAGGACCUUCCAAAUCCAGUUUUCCAGUAUCUACAGAAUGUGAACGAAUUACUGAGUGCUCUCGUUAACUCUGAUGCACCCCAGCAGGUUUUACAGUUUGUGCCAAUGGAGGUGCUCCUUAAGGGUGCACUACUUGAUUUUUUGUGGGAUUUGAAUGCUGCCAUUGGUAAAAGGCAUUUGCAUUUGAUUAUUCAAGGAGAGAGAGAAGAAAUCAUCAGCAGCCUUCAGUUACAAAAUUGAACUUGUCCUUGAAAAUUUAACUUUAUGGCUUUUUACAGUUUCCAUUGAUAUUGCAUCCCUUUGCUGUUAAUUUAAAACCUUUUAUCUUGAGGAAGGGCCAACUUUUGCAUCAUUUAAAGUCUUAUUAUUUUUGAAAAGCCAUCAGCUAGUCUCCAUCUCUGGGGUAUAUACGCCCACAGGCAUAGAGUUUUACACGUCAUAGAAUCUGUGCAAUGAUGAUAUUUAACUUCAAACAUGAAAAGUGUGUAUGUGCUUGGAUGGACACACUGAUGCUUGCAUAUGCAGUUUAUUGGUCUUAUUUAUCUACUUAAGAUUUGCACCUGUGUGCCUUCAUUCAGAUUUGAUUUUUUUCCAACUAAUUUUCUCUCAAUGGCUAAUACUGUUAAUAAGUUAAUAGAGAUCUUUGAUGAAAGGAAUUGAACCACUCCUCAGCAACACUGAUUUCCUUUAACACUGACUAUGUCAGUUAUGAAUUUGGAGAACUCAUCUUGCCAGAUAUCUUGAUAUGUGCCAUUCAUUGCCUUGAAGCCAUUGAUCCAGUUUACUUCUGUGGUUCAAAUGAAGCUGCUGUGCUGUUUUAUAAAUAUUUUUACCGACCACAAUCAUCCAGCUAGAAAGGAUAUCAGGACAGUGUCAAACCAAAGAUCAUGUUUAAAAUGAAGUUACUGUGUCCAAAACUCUCCUGUAUCCUGAAAAGCUUUCUUUAGCAAUGGUGUAGUAAUUUUUAACUUCUGGGAAACAAUCUGUGAACUAAAAGAUUUUUUUUAAAUUGCAAAAUAGUGUUUAUGGUCUCAUAUUGGGAUCAUGAAUAUGAUGAAUACAGUGAAGACUGAAGAAAAAUUUUAACACCUUCAGAAUGAUGGUUUAACAUUUAAAAUUUUAAUCUUUACUAAUUCUUUUUUUAGUAUGAUAAUAGCACCUUACCAAAAGAUUAACCAUAAGAUGGUUAUUAUGUUUGAUUUCUUUUAAAUUAUAUAUGUUUGCCUGUAAAAAUGGACUAUUCUGGCCAGCUCUAUUAAGCAAAUCUUAAUUACUUUGAAAUUCCAUGAAGUGGAGAAUAUUUGUAUUCUCACACGUGCAUGUUAGACAUUUUUGUUAGUUAUAUGAAAAAUAGAUGUAUUCUUUGAUGUAUUUGGUUGAUAAAUAUUAAUCUGAAUUUUUUCAUGUCCUUUGCUAUUUUGAGUUUCAUUAUAAAUUCAUGAAUAAAGUCAUUAGCAGAGAGA